AUGAGGGAUCAAGAGACGGAUAGGGGGGGGAAUGGCCUAUCAAUCAUUGGUGGACCUUCCCUUGAACGGUCACGGAGCUCUCAACUGAGUUGUUUAGGUUCAAAGGAAAGGGUGAUCGAGGGGACCCAGACUUUCUAUCUCUUCUCUAUGGUUAUGGUGGGAGUGUGUUGGGGAGGCCAGGGAAGACGGAUUGGAUCGAGAGGCGAUGCCUAUGCCUCUUCUUUAUCGAUAGAAUUCCCAUCAUUUGCAGUCUACGGCGAAGGAGACAAGGGCGAGGCACCGAACAAUUUCAUUGCCUCAACCUCCAUCCGUCAUUAG